AGGUUCAUAAUGCACUUCACCACGGCCUGUCUUUUAUGUUUUGCUCUUUAUAUUUCCUUUUGUAAAGUUCAUGCAGAAGACGACUAUUACUAUGACGAUGACACUCAAAAGUGUGCUUUGAAUGAAUCCAUUAUUGGAGGUACAGUAAAAUAUUCCAAUGAUGGUGCUGUGGGGAGUGAGGCAACCUACUACUGUGAAGAUGGAUUUAAACCCUACCCAAUCCUCAAAAAAAUCUGCAGCUCUAAAGGAAAAUGGGAGCCAGAAAUAUCCAGGGUGAUAUGUGAAGAAAAAUUUGAUUAUGAUGAUAUUGAGGAGCCUCAAACGAACUGCUCUGUGGGAGAGAUUAUAAACGGAGGCAGUGUUUCCUACUCCAAUGAUGGCUUGGAAGGCAGUGUGCUGACAUACCAUUGUAAAUUUGGAUACUACCCCUAUCCAGUCAGCAAUAGAAUUUGUAACUCCAGAGGAGAGUGGUCAAUCAUGAUACUACCUAAUGGCAAGACAGUGUCUACUGCCACAUGCAAAGACAUUCUUUGCCCAGCACAGCUUCAGUUGGAUAAUGGCCAGUUUUGGCCCAAGAAACAGUGGUUUAAGAUUGGAGAGGAGCAGGAGUUCUCAUGCAGGGAGGGUUUGACCUUGUCAGGUUCAGCCAAACGGAACUGCACUAAAUGGGGCCACUGGACUGGUACUCUUCCAGUGUGCAAUGACCAAACUGAUGGCUGCAAAGAUCCAGGGAUUCCGCCUGGAGCGAUACGCUCUGGAAAUCGCUUUCAGAUUGGUGACCAAGUGAAAUACCGCUGCCAGUCAGGCACAGACUUACUGGGGCCUGAAGUAAGAGUGUGUCUGGAUUCAAAAGAAUGGAGUGGGCCUGAACCACGUUGCAAGGCCCCCUAUGUAUUUGAUUUACCAGAAAAUGUGGCUCAAGCCAUGGAUGGUUCUCUAUCUGCUGUAAUAGAUGUUUCAUCCCCUGAGUUCAAAAAGAAAGGCAUCAAUUACGGAAGAAGCUUCAAAGUGGCAGAUGGUCGACUCAAUGUUUUUAUCCUAAUAGACACAUCAGGAAGCAUUCAGCAGGAUGACUUUGAGAGGGCAAAGCAGGCCACUGCUAGCCUUAUACGCAAGUUGAGUAGCUAUGAUGUUGAAAUGAAGUUUGAUAUCAUUUCUUACGCCAGUGAGCCCCAAGACAUUGUAACAGUUUUGGAUCCCUUUAGUGACCGUGUGGACGUGGUCUUGGAGAAACUGUUGUUGUUUAAUAAAGCAGAUCAUGGGAAAAAGACUGGUACCAAUCUCUAUAAAGCCCUCACAUCUGUGCAUGAAAGACUUGCCUUCCUCAAGUCAAAAAAAAAUAGCCACUUCAAUGAGACUCAGAAUGUCAUUCUCAUUGAGACCGAUGGCUACUCCAACAUGGGAGGUAACCCAAAACAUGUUCUGGAUUUCAUCCGUGAACUUUUGGGCUACAAAAGCAGCUCUACGGAUAAUUCACAUGAGGAGCUUCUCGACAUCUAUGUGUUUGGCAUUGGGACAAAUGUUAAGACAAGUGAGCUGAAAAAUCUGGCUUCCAGUAAAAUUAGAGAGAGGCAUCUGUUUAUCCUAAGCAGUUAUGACGAUCUUGGGGAGGUGUUCAAUAGGAUGAUCAAUGAUUCAGCUGUAACCAAAUGUGGAGUAGCUCAUGAGCUAGUUUCUCCAAGAAUUGAUGCCGAUGAUGAUAUUGAGAUAUCUCAGAUUGCUUAUACCAAGCCUUGGCAUGUUUCCGUUAGCUGGCAAGCAAAGCCAUGCCAGGGCUCCAUUUUGACUGAGAACUGGGUGAUCACAGCUGCACACUGUCUGAUGAAACUAAAUGCUGGUUUGAUAGAAUGGGCCAACGCCAAGGAUGUGCACAUUAAGCAUGAUGAUGGAAAGGUGGAUGCCUCAUUGUUAAUCCCUCAUCCAGAUUUUGACAUCACGAAACUCAAGGACAAGAGCGUCAAUGAGUUUUAUGACUAUGAUGUUGCACUUAUUAAAGUGAAAAGCAGCAUUAAGCUGUCCUCUAAGGCAAGGCCUAUUUGUUUGCCUUGUACAAAAGCUUCAAAUCGAGCUCUGAAGAUGAGUCCUAACUCUACAUGCAAUAAACACAAAAGUGCCCUGCUUGAUCUGCAGCAGACUCAAGCCUACUUUAUCAGUCAGGGGAAAACCCGAAAGCCGACUCACAUCCAGACUGGAGAAAAGAGAGGUGAAUGCAUUGAGAAAUACAAACCAUUCUUGGGUUCGAACAGCCUGGUGUCUCUGACUGAUGUGAUCACAGACAGGUUCCUGUGUACUGGAGGAUCACAGAAAUACAAGGAUUAUAUUACUUGCAAAGGAGACUCUGGAGGUUCCCUCUUCCUUCGUAAGGGGAUGCGUUAUUUCCAGGUGGGAGUCGUAAGUUGGGGCACUACCGUAGUGUGCGAUUCAACUACUGCAACUGUUUCUGAGCCUCCUGUGGAUGCCCGUGAUUUCCACAUCAGUGUGUUCUCCAUUAUUCCUUGGCUUAAAAAGCACCUAGAUGAAGAACUGAAGUUCUUGUCAUUGUAAAAUUGAAUUAAGCAGGAAAGCUGGACAAAGCUUUAAAAUAACCUGUUUUGGUAUCAUAAGGUAUAAUUUGC